GAAGGAAGGUUGGCGCAUUGAUUUGACCCCAGGUAAGCACACCGCCGUGACCCAACAUGGCGGCGCCCAUGGAGCUGUGGUGCUGGAAGGGGGACUGGGGCCUGCCGUCCAUCGAUGUAGACUGUCUAACGGUUAUUGCCUAUGCAAGGUUUGCAGGUGCCCCACUGAAGCUGAAGAAAAUCAACAACCCAUGGAAAUCUCCAUCAGGCUCCCUACCAGUGUUCAAGAAUGGAGAGGACCUGGUCUUAACAUCUCCUGGAAGGAUACUGGACUACCUUAGACAAGAGAAAUUCAAUGCUGACUAUGAACUGACAGCAAAGCAGAGCUCUGAUGUGCUGGCAUUCACCUCACUUUUGGAGGAAAAAUUUGUACCAGCAAUGCUUCACUCCUUCUGGAUGGAUGCCAGGAACUACGUAGAUUUCUCGCGCCCAUGGUACGCCCGGGCACUGCCGUUUCCUCUGAACUUCUUCGUCCCCGGACGGAUGCAACAAGCCGCAGAAGUGAGAUUGCAGUGCACACGCGGUGGGGACCACCUUAUAGAUGGGGAGAUGGAAGCUCAGAUCUACAGAGAUGCUAAGGAGUGUUUGAACCUUUUGUCUGGACGACUGGGGGAGCAGGAUUUCUUCUUUGGACAAAGCCCCACCACCCUGGAUGCUAUAGUGUUUGCCCACAUCGCCCCAGUGCUGAAGGCCCCCCUCCCCAGCAACCAGCUCCAGAACCACCUCAAGAACUGUAACAACCUGCUCAACUUCUGCGCGCGCAUCACCAGUCGCUACUUCCCUUCAGACUCAGAAGAUGCAGACCAUUCAACAUUCACGCCGAGCACAGUAGAGGACCGGCAGUACAGCACUACUAACAAGAUCCUGUCUGUGGGCGUGGCCAUCGCUGCCAUGGUAGCGUACGCCCUCCUCAGCGGACUAGUCCAAAUCGACAUGAGCGGGGAUGACGACGUACCUGCGGUGGAGUCGGACGUCGAUGUCGAAAAUCUCAGGUUUCAGGAAGAAGAACGAGAGGAUGACUAAGUUAGGAGUUUCUGAUAUAUGUAAGCUUGCCUGGCAGCUUUGUUUUAGGAUAACUGUACAUGUAUUACUGCUGGAAUGAAUACUGUAAAUCACUUAAUGUUCGCAGUAGCAAAAGUUUGCAGUCUGAGAAAAAUGUUCACGGAACUAUAUGUUUGCAGUG